CAGAUCGAGUUCGAAAAAGGCGACCAGAGAGACCCGGCAAACUUUUCUGUUGCCAGGAAAAGGGCGAUCCUACUCACGGCAUGUCUUUUUUCUGUCCUUGUUGCUUCUUCCUCGGGAGCCUAUGCUCUUGGCUUCCCCUCUAUGACCCGCGAUCUCAACUGCACCCAAUUCCAAGCCACCGUUGGUAUUGCUGUAUAUGCCCUUGGAUUUGGUGUCCCGCCUUUGGUCACUGCCUCUUUCAGUGAGGAAACUGGCAGGCAGCCACUGUAUCUAUGCAGCGGCAUUGGGUUCCUGCUCUUCACUAUUGGGACCGCAGAAGCCAAGAAUAUACAAACAGUGCUCAUUACACGAUUCUUCGCCGGCGCGUUUGGGUCGACUGGCUCAACGAUGGUCGGCGGCACAGUUGCUGAUAUCUUCGCACCUUACGAACGUGGCUUUGCAAUGUCGAGCUUCGCAGUCGCCGCUAUCGGCGCGACUGGCGUUGGCUGUCUUGCUGCCGGCUGGAUCGAACAGAAUCCCCACAUGGAAUGGCGGUGGAUUCAAUGGAUACAUGCUAUCUUUGCUGGUGUCUUUGUGAUCAUGGUCCCCAUCUUCAUGAGGGAGACGCGCGCCUCCGUGUUGCUCGUGCGCCUAGCGAAGAAGAUGCGCAAGGACGGCAACAAGCGCAUCCGCGCGCGGGUGGAGGAUGAGCGUGCGGCAUUGUCAACCUUGAUCUGGAUCUCUUGCACGCGUCCGCUAUAUCUUCUGCUCACCGAGCCUGUGAUCGCGAGCUUCACGCUCUGGGUCGGUUUCGCGUGGGGCAUUCUCUACGUCCUGAUUGAGUCCAUCGGACCUGUCUUCAGGACCCUGCACCAAUUUAAUUCGGGGCAGGUCGGAACAGUCUACAUCGCUAUAACCAUCGGUUCCGUGCUCGGCUUUGCCACCAACCUGAUCCAGGAGCGGUUGUACCGUAAAUAUGUCGGCACCCGCGGACCGGAAGCGCGUCUGUUUGCACCCAUGGCCGCAGCGUUUAUCUUCCCCAUUGGCAUGUUCAUAUAUGCUUGGUCCACGUACUCCAAGGUGUAUUGGAUCGCUCUCGCGAUUGGUAUCGUGAUCAUCAUGUGGGCUUUGUUCAUCCUCUACCUGUCUGUGUUCACGUACCUCGCGGACUGCUACGGUCCGUUCGCAUCGUCGGCGCUCGCAGGGCAGAGUUUGUUCCGUAACAUGAUGGGAAUGGCGUUCCCGCUGUUCUGCCAGCAGAUGUUUGCAAAGCUCACGUACCACUGGGCGAACACGAUUUUCGCGUUCAUUGCUGUCCUCAUGAUUCCCAUUCCAUAUAUCUUGUUCUUCAAGGGACCGCAGAUCCGUGCACGGAGCAAGUUUGCAUCACAGGUCAUGCAGAAGUAA